AUGGUGGCUCAACUCCGGCAUGCGCUUGAUCGGAUCCAAUCGCAGUCACGAUACUCAGACCUAGCCCUGAAAUCCUUUCUGGCGCAGUCGUAUUCCCUGCCAGUACUCCUACACAAACCACACAACCUACAUUCGGAUGAUAUUCUCUCAAACCCUCUCUUGGCUGUUAAGGCCUGGAAGAUGGCUCGGGCCAGCAUGGGGGCAAGCCCUCUAUGUUCCAUACACCUACCCCUGCUCCGGAAACCCGAGUUCCAGGACGGAUCCAACACAUUCCCAUUCACAAUGUGGUCAGGGCAGGGUCUCUGA